GAAAGAAAGAAAGAAAGAAGUAAGAAGUAAGAAGUAAGAAGUGUGUGACCGUGGACGCAGUGUAGGGAAUCUCUACGCGGCUGCUCCACUCAUGUUUGUCCACUAGUGAGAAGGAGACAUGCAUUCCGCGGGCAGGUCGUGGCUGCUGCUUACGGGCUUCGUGCUUUUCUAUGUCAUCUACCUGUUGUUCGGCGCGCUGGUUUUCUCGAGCAUCGAGCGGCCGGUGGAGGACAAGCUGCGACAUGACAUGGAGACGCUGAAGCAGGAGUUUCUGAACCUGAGCUGCGUCAACCCCGCGUCCCUCGAGCGCUUUCUGGUCCAAGUCCUGGCGGCCAACAAGUACGGCGUCUCCGUCCUCAGAAACUCCACCGCCACGUCCAACUGGGACCUGGCAUCGUCCAUGUUCUUCGCCAACACUCUGGUCACCACCGUGGGUUAUGGCCACACCACUCCUCUGUCGGACACUGGGAAGGCCUUCUCCAUUGUCUACGCCCUGUUGGGAGUCCCCUUCACAAUGCUGGUGCUCACUGCCUGCGUCCAAAGGCUCAUGUACCCGUUGGUCCUCGCUCCAGUUGGCCUCCUGCAGCGCUCUGGGAUGGAGCCGCGGUCGGCCACCGCUGUUCACUUCCUGCUGCUGCUGCUCCUGGUGGUGCUGUGCUUCUUACUGGCACCGGCAGCAAUUUUCAGCCUUUUGGAGGUGUCCUGGUCGUUUUUGGAUGGCGUGUACUUUUGUUUCAUCUCGCUGUGCACCAUUGGACUCGGCGACUUUGUUCCAGGGACGCAGCCAGGGCAGCAGUACAGGCCGCUGUAUCAGGUCUCUGUCAUGGUCUACCUGUUUGUGGGUCUGAUGAUGAUGUUCCUCCUGCUGCACACCUUCCACAAAAUGGCCGACCUGCACGGCCUGACCACCUUCCUGCAGCUGCCACACUGUGAGGAGACUGACGAGGACAGGGAGCCCAUUGUGGACAACAAGCUCGAAGAAGAGUCGUCCUACCCGUCAGACAAAGCUGCCAGUAAACCCCUGGAGCCGGGAUCCCAGCCCUCGUACAACACCAUCAACAAAGGCUGAACUGUGGAGGAAACGAACUGGAGCUCUACCUCUGACGGCGAGCUGAAUCUCAAUUCUUCUCCCUUAUUUGUCUUCCCGAGUGUCUUUCUCUAAGCGGAAAAACCACCUUUAGAAGUGAGCAAUAUUUGCAACGAUGAGAGUUUUGAAAUUUAGCUUUUAUGAGAAAAUAGUUAAGUGACUGGUCACUAUUAUCACUUCCUGCACAUGAACGACUAUUUGAUGCAGACAAUGGCAACUCAUGUGGACCAGAAGGCACAGAAAAGCCCUUUUCCUGCUUCACACUCUGUAACUGUGGUGUGUUCAGUCUCAGGGUCACGCAUGAAUUGCUCGUUCCAAAGCUUUUGAUACAUGUUUGGUUUUUUUCAGAUCACUUUUGAUUUGUGUAUCACAAUGUUGUUAUGUGUGUGUGUGUGUGUGUGUGUGUGUGUGUGUGUGUCUGUGGAUGCACCUGUUAUUUAAAAUUUUAUACAAAUAGUUAUUUGUGCACCGGUGCCAUCUUCAGCUGCUUCUUUGUAUGUCACAUUUGCACAUUAUUGACUAAACACCUGCUGACAAAUCACUGAAUGCAAAUAGCUCAAGUAAAUAUAGAACAUUUGACCAACACUGAGUAUUUCAAACAGUGAGGACCAGAUCUGCUAGAUGUUUGUCAUAAUUACAUUUACGUUUCCAAUGUUAACUUUUAGGUGUCUUCCUCAGGUGUCAAAGAGCACAGGGCUGUCCUCCUUUGUAAUGCUGCCCCCUGGUGUCCCGUUUGUGUGUAGUGCAACAUGCUGCUGCAUCUCCAGAGCAAAGGUUGAUUUUAAAUAGGGUUAAAGGGUAGAUAGGACUGAAGUGGAGAAAACACUGAAAAGGAUGGUUUGGGGGAAAGAGUGUCUUGUUAUGAAUGGAGACCUGAUCUUUUUCACAUCGAACACCAAUUGUUGCGUGUUACUUGGAUUGGAUGGAUUGAAUCCAUCAGAAGAUAAUGAACACUUGAAGUGCACUUUAAUGUUCACAUUGGUUGCAGGGAA